AUGUCUACUAGGAAUAGAGUUGGUCAAGUCAAACUAAACUUCCAGCGCCGAGAAUCGAGCAGGAAUCAGUACCCGACCUUCGCCAUGACCUCAAAUUCCUUCUCUCAGACAUGUACGCCAGUUCUAGGUCCAUCUUACAUAUACCUUUCGACAGCAAUCGCGACAAAAAUGGAGCCAGUACUGCCUUAUAAUCGUCACCGCCGGUGCACAGUUCCCGAGCUCCACGACCCUUUCAGCUCCCCCGGAUCUGCCUCUGCCAAGGACAAGCCUGCGCACUGGUAUAGGGCACAGCUUAUCCACUACGGCGUGCACCCAACGGACAACAAGGGGACAGCUAUGAUGAGGUUGCUGGAUGCGGUUCGUCUGGGUGAGCUCGAGGUCCCUGACCACCUGGUAAAGCUUGAGGAGAAUUUGAAGAGAAAGUGGCAGAAGAAUUUUCGAACGAUGCAGAAAUCUCCAGAGAGAGGGUCUACGACGAAGACUACCACGAGGAAUAUUGACUGGAAGAGAACAACAAUUGAUCAAAUAGCUCCGGAACAAAAGGCGGAACAGAGCCAGGAUCUCAAGGCUAUGACGAUUGGCUCUGAUUUUGUUGUUCCGGCGUUGUCGUUCUCAGAUAAUAAGGGCUAUUACACGGGGACAAAACGCGAACCCCCAGUCAGAGCCAUAUGA